AUGUUGUCUAUAGUAGAAACAUAUUCUGUUAAACAUGAAAUACACUCAGCAGCACACAGUGCAUCAACCCUGUUCCCAUCAUCAGUAUCACGUACGCCUAGAUCAGCAUCUGAUGUAUAUACAGUGAUUUUUAUGCUUCCAGAUGAAUUGCCUCAAGAUCAUUUUAUAGGUAACAUUCCAAAACAGAUCCCGAAUUUUCCAUUUCUUAAUAUCCUUGAUUCAUCAGUUAGUACUACUCUUGUAGAUUCAAGUGGAUUUUUAUUAAAAUUAUUUCGUGUAACAGAUAAUGGUGAAUUUUAUACACAAACAUUAAUUGAUCGAGAUAAUCCAGAUCAAUUAUGUGGACCAUUAAAUUGUUGUCAUUUAAUUGUCUGUAAUUUAACAGUGGAUGUUUUAUUCUUUCAUCCUGGUUCAACAUCAAUUACAGUACAUAUAAAUUUACAAAUACAUGAUGCUAAUGAUAAUGCACCUUAUUUCCCCAACAAACAUUUUCAUUAUGGAUACCAGAAGACAACAAAUUAA